GCGCCCGGGGCCGCCGGGAGGCCGAGCCUGCUGCAUUGCAGCCGCCGCGGCGCCGCUCGGCUCUUCCUCCCAACAAUGGCGGCUCCGAGCCCGAGCGGCGGCGGCGGCGGCCCGGGCCCCGCGGGGUCCCCCGCGCCCGCGCCCCCGGCCGUCAGCAGCAUGCAGGUAAAUGAACUGGAACUUAUCUCUUUUACUUUAGGCUUUCAGAUAAACUUCUGUGAAAAGGCACAAAGUAAACGCAAAGCAUUGAAGUUGAAUUUUGCAAAUCCACCUUUCAAAUCUACAGCAAGGUUUACUCUGAAUCCCAAUCCUACAGGAGUUCAAAACCCACACAUAGAGAGGCUGAGAACGCACAGCAUUGAGUCGUCGGGAAAGCUGAAGAUCUCCCCGGAGCAGCACUGGGACUUUACCGCGGAGGAUCUCAAAGACCUGGGCGAGAUUGGACGAGGAGCUUACGGCUCUGUCAACAAAAUGGUCCACAAGCCAAGUGGGCAAAUAAUGGCAGUUAAAAGAAUUCGGUCAACAGUGGAUGAAAAAGAACAAAAGCAACUUCUUAUGGACUUGGAUGUAGUAAUGCGGAGUAGUGAUUGCCCAUAUAUUGUUCAGUUUUAUGGUGCACUCUUCAGAGAGGGUGACUGUUGGAUCUGUAUGGAACUCAUGUCUACCUCGUUUGAUAAGUUUUACAAAUAUGUAUAUAGUAUAUUAGAUGAUGUUAUUCCAGAAGAAAUUUUAGGCAAAAUCACUUUAGCAACUGUGAAAGCACUAAACCACUUAAAAGAAAACUUGAAAAUCAUUCACAGAGAUAUCAAACCUUCCAAUAUUCUUCUGGACAGAAGUGGAAAUAUUAAACUCUGUGACUUUGGCAUCAGUGGACAGCUUGUGGACUCCAUUGCUAAGACAAGAGAUGCUGGAUGUAGACCGUAUAUGGCGCCUGAAAGGAUAGACCCAAGUGCAUCUCGACAAGGAUAUGAUGUCCGAUCUGAUGUUUGGAGUUUGGGGAUCACAUUGUAUGAAUUAGCCACUGGCCGGUUUCCGUACCCAAAGUGGAACAGUGUCUUUGACCAGCUGACCCAGGUCGUGAAAGGGGACCCUCCACAGCUGAGCAACUCUGAGGAAAGGGAAUUCUCCCCCAGUUUCAUCAACUUUGUCAAUUUGUGCCUUACGAAGGAUGAAUCCAAAAGGCCAAAGUAUAAAGAACUCCUGAAACAUCCCUUUAUUUUGAUGUAUGAAGAGCGUACAGUAGAGGUUGCAUGCUAUGUCUGUAAAAUCCUGGAUCAAAUGCCAGCCACCCCCAGCUCUCCCAUGUAUGUUGACUGAUAUCGCUGCUACAUCAGACUCUAGAAAAAAAGGGCUGAGAGGAAGCAAGACAUAAAGAAUUUCAUCCCGUAUCACAGUGUUUUUAUUGCUCGCCCAGACACCAUGUGCAAUAAGAUUGGUGUUCGUUUCCAUCACGUCUGUAUACUGUCACCUAGAACGUGCAUCCCUGUAAUUCCCAGUCGAUCACAGUGUUAGUGCGCUCAGAGAGACCUCAUCCUGCUAUUGUGAUGAACCUUCAUGAAAUGUGGAAGUCAGUACGAUCAAUUUGUUGACUGUGAUUAGAUCACAUCUUAAAUUCAUUUCUAGACUUGAACCCUGGAGACACAGCUCCUGGAAUGGUGUUUUGUCAGACUUCCAGAUACUGGAAGAACGCAGUGAUGGAUGUACUGUGUCCGAGCAGAGAGACCUGGGCUGAGAGAGGAGAGCGUGCACAGCCAGUGGGACACAUUGCCUUCUGGAGCUGGGAGACGAAGGAGGAAUUUCCUUUCUUCACCAAGUGCAAUAGAUUUACUGAUUUGACAUUCUGUUGCUUUACAGUCACGGUCGAUGUUUGGGGAUCGAUGUGCUCAGCCAAAUUUCCUGUUUGAAAUAUGUUAAAUUAGAAUGAAUUUCUCUUUACCAAAAAUCAUGUGUUAAUCACAUUAAAAUAUUGAGACAGGACAGAAUGUGUUUUCUUCUCCUUUACCAGUCCUACUCUUCACUGGUGAGACUUGGGAGUCUGCCAUUUGUCAAAGAAGGUGCUGAUCUAAGAAUAUUCAUUCUCAGAAUUCGGUAUGCUGCCAACUUGAUGUUUCAUCUGCCACAAAUCACCAGGACUGAAAGAAGAAAAACAGUACUGAGAGCAAAGUUUACAGAUACUUUUAAUUGUUGCUUACCUGAAACAACUUGUAGCAGCUAUAUAUUUCCCCUUGUUCCCAAGCUUGAUACUUUAGCCAUCAUAACUCACUAACAGGGAGAAGUAGCUCGUAGCAAUGUGCCUUGAUUGAUUAGAUAAAGAUUUCUUGUAGGCAGCAAAAGACCAAAUCUCAAUUGUUUGCCAUCUCUGGUACAGGUCUUCAGUUUCUGAAUCUCUUUUCUAUCCAUUUGGUCUCUUGCCACUGUGCGACUUUGGCUUAAUCCAAUAUUUCAACCUCUUUUUCCUAUAUUCAAAAACCUUAUAAUCACCAGGUAUUCCUUGCAACAAAUUUUUAGCCCAGAUUUCUUCAUAAGCCCUAAGGUUUGAAAGGCUAAGAAUCGUAAGACCCAACUAAUGUGGUAAGUGAUAAGCAUUAUUUUUAUCGAUACAUUUGUGAGACAAUAAUCUGAAAUGAUGGUCAUUUAGAUAAGCACACCAUCUGUGUCUCUAGCAAGUCACCAUCAUUUCUUGGAACUCUACAACUAUAAAACAGAAAGAAAGAAGGAAAGAAAAAGAAAAAGAAAACCAACAAACCCUCUCCACACUCCAAAACUUUAGGACAGCUUGAAGAAGCUAUAUAAAUCGGUUACCUUCUUUUUGCUGUGUUCCUCACUCACCCAUUAGUUUCCCACUGGCCUCCUGGCCUUGAACACUAGGGUUUUAAAAACCAGUUAAUCAGCACUGUGAGAGGUUUAAGCACACUGGAAUAUGAAAUAGUCAUGGUUUGAGAUUCAGAUACUUUCACUACAGGACCAAAUGGUGGCAGAUAACGCUGUCUCCUGCCAGGAUAAUGGUCAUAAAUGCUAUUUCAAAUAUUGGGGAGAAUAGGUCUUUUUAAAGUUAGAUUGCUGUAAGGCUUGGAAUUUAAAAAUGAUUUCUUUGGUCCACGUUCUGAUUUGCCUAUUUUAUUUUCCAUGGUCUUCUAAACCUUAGACUUCCCUGUGCUCUGAGAGGGAACAUUGCUGUGUCUUUCUAAAGCCACACCAAGCCAUUAUUCCCUAUUGCUCCCUGGGACGCAAGGAAUCUCUCUGUCGUCAGCUUCCUAUCUGGCUCAGCGUAGGGUCACUUACCACACACAUGGAGAUAAAAGCAAUUCUGACUGUCCAGGAGCUAAUCUGACCAUAUUAUUGUGGAAUACCACGUAAAAUGGCAAUUUUAGUGUAUUAAUUAUAGAUUAUUAUAAACUAUAAAUUUAAGGGCAAGGAGUUUAUUACAAUGUAUCUUUAUUAAAACAAAUGGUGUAUAGUGUUCACAAACUGUGAAAUAGUGUAAGAACUGUACAUUGUGAGCUCUGGUUAUUUUUCUCUUGUACCAUAGAAAAAUGUAUAAAAAUGAUCAAAAAGCUAAUGUGCAGGGAUAUUGCCUUAUUUGUCUGUAAAAAUGGAGCUCAGUAACAUUACUGCUUCUUGGAGCUUUGGAAUAUUUUAUCCUGUAUUCUUGUUUGAAUUCCUCCUCUAUUUAAAAUAUAUACAUGGAAUCAAAGUGUUUAUGUAAUAGUUCUAUCCUUUUGCCUGCAGGUCAGUUGUAAUAAAUCUAGGAUGUGAUGAUGA